AUGACCUUCUGGGCCCUCCUGCUCCUUGCCUCGGCGCUCCUGGCCACCCCGGGUCUGACCUUCUCUGGUCUGAUUCCUGAGGACCAUGACCUAGACACAGCCAACAUGUGUCAGGAUGAGAAGUUCUUCCAGAUGCUGGCCCAGGACAUCCCCCAGGGUGACCGGUGGCAUUUGAAAUGUAUGACUUGUAAGAAGAUAAUCAAGGUGCUGAGAAAAGCCCUGGGACAUGACAUCACACGGGAAACCAUCAAACACGCUCUGUCCUUGGUGUGCCGGAAGAUACUUGGGAAUAAAAAACAAUGCCAGGAAUUAAUCACUAAGUAUGAUAAUAAAAUCACCCAAAGCAUCAUGAAUGGGAAAAGCUCCAAGGAAAUCUGUGUGCAACUCAGGAUGUGUCCCCCUACAAUAGGUCGCUGAGCCCCUGGGACCUCUGACCCCACCCUGGGGAGGAGCACGGAUUCGCCAGCAACCACCACCUGCUUCUGCCCUCCCACACCCAGAGCCCACCCUCCAGUUCCCUCACCUAACUUCUCAGUGCCUCCCCCUGCAGAAGAAUAAAUGUCAUGCAAGCUU